AUGGCGUCCAGGAGAAAUAUUUCGGAUUCAUUCGAAAUACUCCGACUGCGUAAUUCUCUAACUAGAAAGGAAAUGGUUAUUUCAAGGCCAAAUGUUUAUUUUGAUAUUUUCCCACUCCUUCAACCAAUCGGAAUCGGCUAUCAGGCUAAAAUCAAUGAAUUACUUUUU